UUUUAUUUUAAUCCGCGUUCAGUCUUUUCCUUUUCAGUAGUUUAUACACGCGCUUAAAUACAGCGCGUCGGCCAGACACUCAUUAUGUAGCCUGCUAGAGCUGGAGCGUGCAAUAAUAAAUCGACCCCACAUCACUCGCAGACCCCUCCCUCUUUUCAUCUCCCUGCUUCUUCUAUCCCUCUUCCUCCAGCCGAAUGCUGUCAUUGUUCGUCAUCUCUCUCUCACACACACGCAAAACACAUUCUAAAAACCCUUUUUCUUCAAUCUUCUUCAAGAUCUAACAACUGUUUUUUUCAUUAGAUCUCCGUAUCUUUCUCUAGUUCACUCGGUUUCUGUAUCUACAACUCAUUUGCUUCUGAUUUUGGCCGCAUUUUAUGGAUCUACAUUGCGGACUUGCUGGAGGUCUUUGUCGGUGGAAUUCACUACAAGAGCAAAACCCUAGCCUGGAGUUCAGUGUUGCAUUGUUAAAUCAAGCUUUAGCGUUUUGACAAUGGUGUUUAUGUGUUCGAUUACAAAAUGUCUACUACUGUGAUGCUGUUGUUUAUUUUUCCUCUUCUCACUCUCGGUUCUCCUACAGUUUGUUACGGCAUUCCUUUCCUGAACAUCAAUUUAUCUCCUUCUCUACUGCCAAGCCAGCCUCUGUUUGUGAGGAAACAUGAUUUUGAACAUCUCAAAGUGAGGUUCAUGUCAAUGAGUGCAACAAUUCCAUCUAUAGCAUCACAUAUACAUGAUCCACCUGUGGCCUUUACAAAACCUUCAAAUGUACCUGCUGCUCCUUCUCCUUCUCCAACAAUUCAAGGCCCUGUUGCUAGCCCUCCUGUUGGCAGCUCAAGAAGGCGACAUCACCAUCGUUUUCGUAAUGGGAGGAUCACCCAUGCAGUCUCUCCAUCUCCAUCCCCUGUACCAGGUUGCGAUCAAACCUGUUCUGAGCCACUGACUUCAACUCCCAUUGGAUCGCCAUGUGGUUGUGUUUUUCCAAUGAAAGUCAGGCUGCUUUUACAAGUUUCUGUGUACGCGGUCUUUCCCGUUGUGAAUGAGCUUGAAAUCGAGAUUGCAACAGGCACUUACUUAACACAAAGCCAAGUCGUCAUAACAGGUGCCAGUGCCGAUAGUCAAAAUCAAGAAAAAACAGCAGUCGAUAUAAACUUAGUUCCAUUAGGAGAAAAAUUCGAUAACACCACUGCUUUACUCACAUACGAUAAGAUUUGGCGCAAGAAACUUUCUUUAAAUAGAACCCUUUUUGGAGAUUAUGAGGUCGUGUAUAUCACUUAUCCAGGGCUUCCUUCUUCACCGCCAUAUGGAGAUGGAGAUCACCCCGGGAGUGGACCAAAUGGAAGUCCUGGAAACGGACAGAUCCCUCUCACUGCAACUUUUGUAGGAAAAACUCAGAACAUGAACCCUAAAACCAUUUUUGUUAUUACUUUAUCUGCAGUGGUACUCUUGGUUGUUUGCCUUGCUGCGAUUUCUGUCUUCUUAAAGUACAGAAGGGUUGGCAGAUCAUCAAAUGCUGUGGGUCCUGUUUUCGCAACCCCAUCUAGCAAAAGACGUGGACUUGGAGCAAUGUUAUCAGGUGAUCCAUACUCAAACUCCACGUUAUCCAUUGUCUCUGCCAUGCCUACCUCCCUCCUCUCUGUGAAAACCUUCACACUAGCCGAACUUGACAAGGCCACUGAAAAGUUCAGUUCCAAGAAGAUCUUGGGUGAAGGAGGAUUUGGAUGUGUUUAUCAUGGAAUCAUAGAAGAUGGAUCCGAAGUUGCUGUAAAAUUACUGAAUAGAGAUAACAACCAAAACGGUGAUCGUGAAUUCAUUGCAGAAGUGGAGAUGCUAAGCCGCUUACAUCACCGUAACCUCGUAAAACUCAUCGGUAUAUGCAUCGAAGGCCGCACACGCUGCUUGGUUUACGAACUCGUUCCUAAUGGCAGCGUUGAGUCUCAUUUGCAUGGUGUGGAUAAGGAGAGAGGGCCUCUUGAUUGGGAUGGUAGGUUGAAGAUUGCUCUUGGUGCAGCGAGAGGUUUGGCUUAUCUUCAUGAAGAUUCAAAUCCGCGUGUAAUUCAUCGUGACUUUAAGGCCAGCAAUGUUCUUCUAGAAGAUGACUUUACUCCCAAGGUAUCAGAUUUUGGGUUGGCAAGAGAAGCCACAGAAGGGAGUAGUCAUAUUUCUACCCGUGUCAUGGGAACUUUCGGUUAUGUUGCGCCUGAAUAUGCGAUGACGGGGCAUCUGCUAGUGAAAAGUGACGUGUACAGCUACGGUGUUGUGCUUCUGGAGCUUCUUUCCGGAAGAAAACCCGUGGACAUGUCGCAACCACCAGGCGAAGAAAACCUCGUGACGUGGGCCCGCCCGCUUCUCACAACCCGAGAAGGACUACAGCAGUUAGUGGACCCGAGUUUAUCCGGGACCUAUGACUUCGAUGACAUGGCAAAAGUGGCAGCAAUCGCUUCCAUGUGUGUGCACCCAGAGGUAACUCAAAGGCCUUUCAUGGGUGAAGUGGUCCAAGCCUUGAAGCUCAUAUACAACGACAAAGAUGAAGUGUGUGGGGACAGUACCACGCAAAGGGAUUCUUCAGUGGUGGAGUCGGACUUCAAGGGCGGCGGCGAUCAAGUCCCUUCCGACAGCAGUUGGUGGAACGCCGGCGGUGGUGCCACCCCGCGCUUGACUUACGGUCAAACUUCUUCGUUCAUGACAAUGGAUUAUAGCUCGGGCCCACUUGAAGAGAUGGAUAACAGAGCGUUUUCAGCUUCGAGUUUUGAUGGUGGGGUCGGUUUGGGGUCCUCCAUUAGUCACGGGAACAGGUCGGGCCCGCUUAGGACGGUUAGGAGCAAACCCUUGUUUUAUAGAUCCAAGGGAAGUAUGAGUGAACAUGGUGGACUACUCUCAAAGCCUUUUUGGAGUGAAGCUUCCUUUUAACCAAAGGGAAAGAAAGACUGUUGUGUUGUUUGAUUUUCAAGUGUACAGAACCAAAAGCCAAGGGCCUUGAUGAUGAAGUUGAGUAACAAGUAAGAAGUGUAGGUAGGGGUUUGUUGUAUGAGAAAUGAAAUGAAGUCAGGUUUGAUGGCUUAUAUUUAUUUAUAUAUGAGGAAAAGGGGGAGGGACAAAAUGGGGAUUGUAGUUUUUGACAAUCUUGAUUUCAUUAUAAUACAAUUCGAAGCUGGAUAGUAUAGUAGGUGUGGUGAUUGGUGUAUAUGUUGAUUUCUGAUCAAUUUUAUUCAUCUUUGUACAAUUUGUGUUGUGUGAUAUGGUUUCUCUUCGUCUGUUUUAGCCUUUUAGGGUUAGAUUAUGGUUUUUGGUUUAUC